CCAAAAUUCGGGGUAAAUGAUUUCCAAAUUCCAAUGUUAGAAAAUUUGUGUAGAUGGAAAGGAGAUAAUGGUAGAGAAGCCAAUACACUGAAUAAAGCGAAGCAUGCGCAUGGCGCGCAUUGGGUUUCAUAUUGUGAAGUUGAAUGAUUAAAAAUCAAAACCAACCCCCCAAAUGAUGACCGAAAGAUAUAGAUGGAGAUGUGGGUGACAACCAUGAAAUAUCGCACAUUGGUCCCCAAUUGCUCACCAAAAUUUGCCUCCUUCAUUUUCGUUAACAUUCCUCAAAACACUAAUCUCACUUUCUAUUUUCAAUCUUUCCUUCUCUCUCUUCCUAUUUUUUUGAAUUCAACAUCAUCAUACAAGGGGUCUAAUUUUUUUUUUAUUUUUUUGGGAAAAUCAUGUAUUUGAUUGAUUUGUAGUUCGAAUGUUGGUCAAGAAAUUAACAGUGGGUAUAGUUUUUCAGUGGUUAGAUAAAGUGAUAUUGGUUUGGCUAAGAUGCAGGGUGGAAUGAUGUUUGCCAGGCUUGAUGAUUCGCCCAUGUUUCGUCAGCAGAUCCAAGCUUUUGAGGAAGAUGCUGAAACAUUGAGGGAUAAAUGUCUAAAGUUUUAUAAAGGAUGCCGAAAGUACACAGAAGGGCUUGGGGAAGCAUAUGAUAAAAACAUAGCUUUUGCCAGUUCUCUUGAAACCUUUGGAGGAGGGCACAAUGAUCCUGUUGCUGUUUCAUUUGGAGGCCCUGAUAUGGUACAAUUUGCUAUCGCUCUGAGAGAAAUUGGAACAUACAAAGAAGUUCUUCGAUCACAGGUAGAGCAAAUAUUAAAUGAUCGAUUACUACAUAUGGCUAGCAUUGAUCAUCAAGUAAAGGAAGCUCGGAAGCGUUUUGACAAAGCUGAUGUAGCUUAUGAUCAGGUCCGCGAGAAGUUUCUAUCGUUGAAGAAAAAUACUAAACUGGAUAUAGUUGUAGCCAUUGAAGAGGAACUUCAUUGUGCAAGGUCGACUUUUGAGCAUACCCGCUUUAAUCUGGUUGGAGCUCUUUCUUCCGUUGAGGCCAAGAAGAAGUAUGAAUUCUUGGAAUCAGUUAGCUUGACAAUGGAUGCUCAUCUUCAGUAUUUCAAACAGGGGUAUGAACUGUUGCAUCAGAUGGAGCCUUAUAUCAAUCAGGUCCUGGCCUUUGCACGAAGGGCUAGAGAAAGUUCGACACAUGAGCAGGUAGUUCUCAAUGAAAAAAUGCAAGAGUAUAAGAAGGAAGUUGAUCAAGAAAGCAGGCGGUCAUUAAACAGUCCUCACAAUUCUUCAACUGCUGAAAUCACACAACAUUCUUCCAGAAGUUCCCAGAAAGUGAUAGAGGCAGUAAUGCAGUCUGCUGCAGAAGGAAAGGUAGAAACUAUAAAGCAAGGGUAUCUCUCAAAGCGUUCCUCCAAUUUAAGAGGUGACUGGAAGAGAAGAUUCUUUGUUCUGGAUAGCAGAGGAAUGUUGUACUAUUAUCGAACGCUAAGGAGCAGGUCCUCUUUUCAGGGAUCUUCCAAUCCACUCUCUUCACAUUAUCAUGGAGGUGUACAUGAUGAAAAACCUGUUGCACGUCGCACAGUGAACCUACUGACAUCAACAAUAAAAGCGGAUGCAGAGCAAUCGGAUUUGAGAUUCUGCUUCAGAAUAAUUUCACCAACAAAGAGUUAUACUUUGCAGGCAGAGAGCACAGCAGAACAACUGGUGUGGAUAGAAAAAAUAACAGGAGUUAUUACCUCACUACUGAGUUCCCAGAUACCUGAAAGGCAUUUCUCUAUGAGUCACUCUACCAAAAGUAGGUCCAUAGGAAGUCCCAUGAGUCAGGAUCAAAGAACAAUUGAAGAGUGCUCAUCUGGGAGGGAUUUCAUUGCUAAGAGUUCCAUACGCCAAUCCAAAAGUGCAUCACACCUCCCGAGCAUGAAAGUAGAGAAACCAACUGAUGCACUGAAGAGGAUACCUGGGAAUGAUAAAUGUGCUGAUUGUGGUGCUCCUGAUCCAGACUGGGCUUCUUUGAAUCUUGGUAUUCUUAUAUGCAUUGAAUGUUCUGGCAUUCACCGUAAAUUUGGUGUACAUAUAUCAAAGGUAAGAUCCUUGGCACUUGAUGUUAAAGUGUGGGAGCCUUCUGUCAUAAUCUUAUUCCAAGCACUUGGUAAUGUGUUCGUGAAUUCUAUUUGGGAGGGUUUGCUGCAUCCAAGAAGAAAUUUUCAGGCAGAUGAAAUACCGAUGCGGUUUUUGGAGUCCCAUAAACACAAGCAGUUUUCUUGCAAACCGAGUGAGGAUGAUCAUAUUUCAGUGAAGGAGAAGUUCAUCCAUGGAAAGUAUGCAGAAAAAAAAUUUGUUCACAAAGUGGAAGACAGUAGGCAUCUGCUUUCUGUGGCACAACAGUUGUGGGAAGGUGUGCGUAAAAAUGACAAGAAAACUGUAUACCGUCUCAUUGUUGUUUAUCAAGCAGAUGUUAAUGCAGUUCACGGGCAAGCAUCACUUGGUACGUCUUUAUCUAGUGAAUUAUUGAGAUUGCAUUGGCAUGCAAACCCUGAUUAUCACUUUGGUUUCUUAGGCAGUGAUUGUGCGAACUCUUUGAACCCACGAAGUGGAAGUGCAGACCUUUCCUCUGAUGGAUUUUUUGAUGGUUGUUCCCUGCUUCACCUAGCCUGCCAAACUGCUGAUAUUGGCAUGGUGGAGCUGCUUCUGCAGCAUGGCGCUAACAUAAAUGCUUGUGAUUUGCGUGGUCAGAUCCCACUGCAUCAUAGUUUCUUAAGAGGAAGAACUGAAAUUGCCAAACUAUUACUUUCAAGGGGGGCCGAUCCACAAGCUGUUGAUAAGGAAGGCAAGACUCCUUUCCACCUUGUCCAGGAAUCAGCUCUCGAUGAUGUGGAGAUCAUUGCCCUGCUGAAAGUUGCAAUAGGAUAGCACCACAACAAAGAUCAAACUGAGGUAGACAACUUAAUAUUGCAUCCCAGUAAGAAUAUUUUAUCUUCAAGAAUGAAGUUUGGAGUUAUACGGAAGUGCUAGAGCUUGUUCAAUCCUUAGCUUCAUUCUGCCAGCAGAAAUUCUGAUAAGGCUUUUGAAAUGAAAGAUCCAGAGAAGUGGUGCUUUUUCUCCGCGGAUCUCAGAGUUGUGCAGAUGUUGAAGUAGGCAGUGGAGCAGUUGUACAUGUAUUUUGAAUUGACUGUGAAACAGAAUAAGCUAAGUAGAACUAUAUUUAGGUGGGAAAUUGGCUCAGUGAUGAAGCUGAAGAAAUUGUUGAGACAUGAUGAAUGAGGCUAUUUAUUAUGGUUUCAUUUUAGAGUAGUAUGAAAGAAUGUUUAUCACCAGUAGGCAAUAUAUAUAGCUUUCUUGUAUUGAAAA